UAUCCAUCCAUGAACUGUCUACGUACAUGGCCAAUUUCUUCGCGGAUUGCUGAUCCGCCUCCUUUUCACCGCACGAACUGAAGAUUAUAUUGUCAUGCCAAAAUGAAGCUCUUCAACCUUCUUGUGUCUUUUCUCUGCAUGGUCACUUCCGCUUCUUGCGGCGCCGCAGACACAGACAAAUUUGAGAGAUAUCGUUCACUCUCUCGCUCCGCUCCAAUCGAACUGACCGACUCGUCGUACGAAGACAUAACAUCUAAGCCUCGCGACUAUCAUGUUGCAGUGCUUUUGACAGCUGCAGAUGCUCGCUAUGGGUGUAUCCUUUGUCGCGAGUUUCAACCUGAAUGGGAGCUCAUAGCACGAAGCUGGAACAAAGGUUCCAAGCCCGAUGGACUUCAAAUGCUCUUUGGGACCCUUGACUUUUCCGAUGGAAAGGGCACCUUUCAGAAGUUGAUGCUCCAAACUGCGCCUGUCCUCCUGGUCUUUCCUCCUACCGUUGGCCCCUUCGCCAAGAUUGAUGACGCACCUCUGCGAUUCGACUUCAGCGGCCCGAUUUCUGCUGAACAGCUAUAUACAUGGAUGAACCGUCAGCUUCCAGAGGGCCCGAAGCCGCCACUUGUUCGUCCGAUCAACUACAUGCGACUUGUCUCCGGCAUAACCAUUUUGAUGGGUGCUGUGACGCUUUUCACGGUUUUGUCACCCUAUGUCCUUCCCAUUGUUCGCAACCGGAACUUGUGGGCUGCUUUCAGCCUGAUUGCCAUCCUCUUAUUCACAAGUGGCCACAUGUUCAAUCAUAUUCGCAAAGUUCCAUAUGUUGCCGGAGACGGUAGAGGGGGUAUUAGUUACUUCGCUGGUGGAUUUUCAAACCAGUUCGGCAUGGAGACGCAGAUUGUUGCUGCCAUUUAUGCCGUCCUGUCUUUUGCAACAAUUGCCCUGGCAAUGAAGGUGCCCCGUAUCGCAGACAACAAGGCACAGCAGGUAGCUGUGAUCAUCUGGGGUUCCGUACUUCUUGGUAUGUACAGCUUCCUUCUGAGUGUGUUCAAGACGAAGAAUGGAGGAUAUCCGUUUUUCCUUCCGCCGUUCUAAAGGAUUUCCGAUGUAUAAUAUCAACAUGAGCUUUCCAUCCGACCAGGUGUGAGCACACUUGCUGCGGGUUAGCGGUUAUUCUCGGGUAGUAGCCGUGUACUACUUUUUGAACUGCUUUUCUUCGUCCAGCUCCUCCGUUAUCGUGUAUUUACUAUAUAGUACAUGGCGGAACAACUCUUCUUUCAAACGUGACCAGCUAGGAACCCUGUAUUCAGCAUAAAUUUCCAUAUUAGUCGGCCGAUGUGGUGAACU